CUUUAGAGUUCCACGAAGAAGUGUUGCAUAAAGAUGGCGGACCGCGGUGGUUAUGGAACAGUGCUGAGCUUCGGUCGUCUUUAGUUCCGUCUCCGCUUUCUGCCGGUCCGUGUCGCUCUGUUCCCGCCGGGAGGAGGAUGGCUCACCGCUACCUGCGACUGUCGGCCGGCUGCAGGAGCCUGUUCCGGCUGCUGCUGCCGCUCUCCGGCGCUCCGACCAGGCAGGUGAUGUCUUCGAUCACGGCUGGGCAGGUAGUGAGUGGGCGGAGCCUGCUGACUGACCUGCUGGGAGCCUGCAGGAGUCUGAGCUCCAGACCUCCCAAAGGUUUUGAGAAAUAUUUUCCAGACAGUCAGAAAACUCCAAAAGACAACGAAGCUGAAGCUGCACCCAAAGAAUCUAAACCUGCCAACAGUCAGAAGGCCUCAGGGAGGUCUUCAGGAGGAGGAGGAGGAGGAAAGAGAGGAGGCCGUAAGGAGGACUCUCACUGGUACAGCCGUCUGCAGAAGGGCGACGUUCCCUGGGACGACAAGGAGUUCCGGAUGUACUUCCUGUGCGGACUGGCCUUCUGGAUCAGCGUCUCCUACUACUUCUUCUUCCGGGACGGAGGCCGAGAAGUCACCUGGAAGGAUUUUGUCAACAACUACCUGUCCAAAGGAGUGGUGGACCGGUUGGAGGUGGUCAACAAGCGCUACGUUAAGGUGGUGUUCUCUCCGGGGAAGACGCCGGUGGACGGGCAGUACGUGUGGUUCAACAUCGGCAGUGUGGACACGUUUGAGAGGAACCUGGAGACGGCUCAGUAUGAGCUCGGCAUCGAGGGGGAGAACCGGCUGCCGGUGGUUUAUUCCACCGAAAGUGACGGAACGUUCCUACUGAGCAUGCUCCCCACUGUGCUCAUCAUUGGCUUCCUGCUGUUCAUGCUGCGGCGAGGCCCGGCGGGGGCAGGCCGGCCUGGCAGGGGGAUGGGCGGGCUGUUCAGCGUCAGCGAGACCACGGCCAAGAUCCUAAAAGAUGAGAUCGACGUCAAAUUCAAAGACGUGGCAGGCUGCGAGGAAGCCAAGCUGGAGAUCAUGGAGUUCGUCAACUUCCUGAAGAACCCCAAACAGUACCAGGACCUGGGUGCCAAGAUCCCCAAGGGAGCCAUCCUGACCGGUCCUCCUGGAACCGGAAAAACUCUUCUGGCCAAAGCGACGGCCGGUGAAGCAAACGUUCCAUUCAUCACCGUCAAUGGAUCAGAGUUCCUCGAGAUGUUCGUGGGCGUCGGCCCCGCCAGGGUGAGGGACCUUUUCGUCAUGGCGAGGAAGAACGCUCCCUGCAUCCUGUUCAUCGAUGAGAUCGACGCUGUGGGCAGGAAGAGAGGGCGGGGCAACUUUGGCGGUCAGAGCGAGCAGGAGAACACGCUGAACCAGCUGCUGGUGGAGAUGGACGGCUUCAACACGGCCACCAAUGUUGUUGUUCUGGCUGGAACCAACCGACCCGACAUCCUGGAUCCGGCGCUGAUGAGGCCCGGGCGCUUUGACAGACAGAUCUACAUUGGUCCUCCUGACAUCAAAGGACGGGCAUCCAUCUUUAAAGUCCACCUGCGUCCUCUGAAGCUGCAGACCGACAUGGACAAAGACUCGCUGGCCAAGAAAAUGGCCGCCCUCACACCUGGAUUCUCAGGUGCAGACAUCGCUAAUGUUUGUAACGAGGCGGCUCUUAUCGCUGCUCGACACCUUUCAGACGCCAUCAACCAGAAGCACUUUGAGCAGGCCAUCGAGAGGGUCAUCGGAGGUCUGGAGAAGAAGACUCAGGUUCUGCAGCCGGAGGAGAAGAAGACGGUUGCGUAUCACGAGGCCGGUCAUGCUGUGGCAGGGUGGUUCCUGGAGCACGCCGACCCUCUGCUUAAGGUGUCCAUCAUCCCCAGAGGGAAGGGGCUGGGCUACGCUCAGUACCUGCCCAAGGAGCAGUACCUGUACACCAAGGAGCAGCUGCUGGACCGCAUGUGCAUGACCCUGGGGGGACGAGUCUCCGAGGAGAUCUUUUUUGGACGGAUUACCACUGGAGCUCAGGACGACCUCCGCAAGGUCACCCAGAGCGCCUACGCACAGAUCGUUCAGUUCGGCAUGAAUGAGAAGGUGGGUCAGGUGUCCUUCGACCUUCCCCGGCAGGGUGAGAUGGUUCUUGAGAAACCGUACAGCGAGGCCACGGCUCGGCUGAUCGACACCGAGGUCAGAACCCUGAUCGGCGAGGCCUACCAGAGAACCCAGCAGCUGCUGAAUGACAAGAAGGCUGAGGUGGAGAAGGUGGCGCAGCGGCUGCUGGAGAAGGAGGUUCUGGAUAAGAACGACAUGGUGGAGCUGCUUGGAAAACGUCCUUUUGCAGAGAAGUCAACGUACGAAGAGUUUGUGGAGGGAACCGGAGGCGAGGAGGAGGACACGACCCUGCCGGAGGGUCUGAAGGACUGGAACCAGGAGAGGAAGGACAAGGAGGAGACCCAGGAGGAACAGGUGGCCCGUCAGAUCUCUGGGGAAUGCCCUUCUAGAACCCUCUGCUGAACGUCUGGGUUCUACAAACAUUUAACACCGACCCAUCGCUCCAAAAUAGUUCCGAUUUGAAGUCACAAUCGCUUACAAGGUCUAGAACGUUCCCACUGAAUAAAUGUUAGAGCUCCGGUCUUAGAACCUUUUCUCUCAAGUUCUAGACCACCAGCCUCACCAUGAAGUCCAGCAUGUUCUUCUGGAUUCCGGACGGUACUGCCAACCUAAACCAUGACCAGUCCUGACACCUCUAAAACAUGCUGUGUCUGGGGUUCUACAAGCAACAAGGUGUAGAACCCUAAGAACUCUCCUAGAACCUUUUCUGUUUCAACUUCCAACUUUCUCCUCCAACUGUCGCUUCAUUUCGGACCGUAAGGAACAACUGUAGGGCCUUCAGAGAACAGUUGGAGAAUCCUUCUGUGGAUUCAGGUUUGAAACACCUCUCGAACCCUCCAGACAUGUUGGGGAGUUUUAGAGUCUACGUUUUCUACAGAACUGUUCGCUACUGCAGAACCCUGACCCACUGAAGAACCUGGAGAACCACAUCUUCUCUUUUAGAACUAUGGUAGUUUUAAGAGGUUUCUAUUCAUUGGGUCAACAAAUCUGAAUGAGACAAAUGUUCCAGAUGGGUUCUACAGAGGUUCUGGCUCAAACACUUCUGGAAUGUUUGCUAACUAGAUCUGUUCUCCUUCAACAACAAAUCUCCUGGAGCUGUUAUCUCCAUAGAACUCUACAACUUCCCCUACACUGGAACAAACCCUUUGAAAAAGUCAGGUUCUGUUCCAUGAAUCCUCCAGUCAAACCCGUAGAACCCAGACAGCUUCCUCCAGAACACUGAGUUCUGAACCACUUCAGACGUUCUGCAGUAUUUGUGAUUAAAAUGAAUUUUCUCAUCUUUAAACCUUUGGUUCCACACAGGGUUCUGGGUUUUUCACAGGUGACUUUAAAGCUUUGCUGUGUUCUACGAUCUACAACUUAGAACUCUUUUCAGAGCCAUUACUGUUUGUAGUUGGCAGCUUUUGGUUCUAUGUUUGGUGUUCUACUGGCCGCUUCUGCUACAUCUAAUCUUUGCAUUCAAAACGCCACAUGGUUCUGAGCCCUCAAAGAACCCUGCCACGGAGUUCUGAAGAGUUCUCUCCAAAGACUGGUUCUCUGCCCAGGUCGGAACCAUUCAGGAACGUUUGUAAAUGCGUAGAACUCCUCAUCCAAACAGAACGAUAACGGAGAGAUGCAGCUGAAAACCUGCAACGUUCUAUUUAGAACCCCGGGGUUUCAGAAGAACUCAAACAUAUGUAAACAUGUGGAACAUACAGAAUGUGAUGAGAACGUUCUCACAGAUUCAUUGUUCUGAAACUGGGCUCAAUGUUCUGAUUCGUUAGGGAAUGAAAUUAAUCAAACUUUUUAGUUCAAUUUUAGUUCCAUCAGAAUGAGAGCCUUCGUCAUCGUCAUCAUUACGGCUGUCACCGUGGUAACCGCGCUGCAAAGGCGACAGCCCAGUCCGUGCUGAUCAGAUAUUGAUUAGUGAUCGAUCGGUUGUUGCUAGCCUGCUGUAAACAUGAAAUAAUGGAAAUCAAUAACAUGUAAAUGUGUUCCAGGAUCACAGCAUCUAAUAAACUGUGACAAAAUCAAUAAAUAACCUGUCAAUCAUUUCAAGACAUAGAAAUGAUCAGAUCACGAGAAGCCGUUCAGUUUCAAAACAGAUGGAUUAAAAGCAAUCAUUUAAAGUUCAGAGAGAUACAGGUUAGAACUGUUCCACUGAUCAAUAACAUCUACAGACAGACCAAUACAUGUCCACUCCAUCUGAUCAAUAACAUCUACAGACAGAUCAAUACAUGUCCACUCCAUCUGAUCAAUAACAUCUACAGACAGAUCAAUACAUGUCCACUCCAUCUGAUCAAUAACAUCUACAGACAGAUCAAUACAUGCCCCACUCCAUCUGAUCAAUAACAUCUACAGACAGAUCAAUACAUGUCCACUCCAUCUGAUCAAUAACAUCUACAGACAGAUGUCCACACGCUGACUUCACACUGAGCUCCAUCCAGUUGGUGGUUGAACUCCGGGUUCCUGGACUUCUACCUGCUGGACCUUUAGGUGUUCCAGAGGAAACUGCUUCAGGGUCUGUAGAACCUCAACUAGUUCCAGAUGUUCACCUGCAGACUCACCUGGAGCUGAUGGAUGGAACCACAACCACCUGACAGCCCAGAACCAUGAGCAGAACAUACAUGACGUCUGCAGAAUAUUAAUGUUAAUAAGUGAUCAGUGAGAGUUCCAGCCUUCAUUAGAGCUGCAGGAAUCAUCACUGAUCUGUCUCUGCUCAUCUUCUCCCUCAGAUGAAAUCAGACUGGAGAUCUGAGUUACUAAUCUAUUGCUUAUUGAUUUGUUUUUAUGAACACUGUAAAUUAUGGAGUCACAGGAGUGCCACAGUAAAAGAUAAAUCUGUUAUGAAAUAAGGAAAUAAAAAUAUUUAAAUAUAUAAAAAUAUAAAUAAAUGAAUAAAUAAUCUUUAUAUACAGUCUGUGGUGUGCUCUUCCUCUCAGCGCCAUGGUGACGUCACUUCCCUUUAAACGUGUUAGGAGCUAGCAGGAAUCACAGGCUGAAUCCCAAACCCCCCCUACACACUCCCCCUCCACUACCGAGUGUCACUCCAAAAGAAGUCACACUCGCAGCUGUGGAGGGCACCUAUUACUGAAGGGGAGGGUAUAAAUACGAUCGUCAGGAAUGGGAUGCCCUGUCGCCUCACCGGAAAACGGAAGACGUUAUCGCCAUGGUAACACAAAGACGCCUACUGUCAUGGCUGUAGUGCUGUGGCACAGGUUGCAACUAACAAGGAUCGCUGCUGCUUCCAGAAGAUGAAAGCAUCCCACUUUUUUUUCACUCACAUGUUUUCCAAUCCUAUUAUCUGGCAUUUCAAAUCCAACAAAUGAAUAAAUGAAUUCUGUCAGUUGUGUUCAAAUUUUAAGGUGUCAGGGGGUGCACAAUUAAACAUCAGCAGAAAAGAAGAUUUGUUUCUUUUGAUUUAUAUUUUUACACCACUCUUUUUGUGAUGUUCUGUCAGUGUGAAAAAGGCGUGGGAGAAAUAAAGGACGCAUGUGGAACUUA